AGGUGUGGCUCGUUUUUGGGGGCGUGCCUGGUUUCUGCCUGUGGCAAACAACACAAUGGCUGAAGGAAUAAGUAAAGAAGUGAAGAUCAAGGCAGCCUCCAAGGCUCUAACUAGACAACUGGUUAAUCUCAUUGGGGUAAUGGACCCCUUCAUGAUGGCUGCCAACUUGUUCUCUGAAGAGAUUAUUGAUCAAUCAAUUCUCGAGAAGGUCAGAUUGCCAGGCACUAAAAGUGAGAAGGCUUUUGAUGUCUUCACUGCUGUCUCUGGUGCUGUAAGAAUUAACCCAGACUCCUUUACUACUUUUUGCAAUAUUCUCGACAAUGAGCCAGUAACUAAAGAUAUUGCGAAGAAUCUGAAAGAUAGCUAUCAAGCGAACAUUCUGGAAAUCCACAGAGCUCAACAAAUUCCUACUUGCACAUGUACUCUGUUACAAAAGUCAUUCUUGGAAAAACUGAAAAAACUGCUCGAUGGUUUGAAAUUUUACAGCGGUGCCGAUACGAAGAAGAUGGAACAAAAGGGCCUCACAGAAUACGUGACCUGCUUCAUUCAAGCUGGCUGCUCUUCCACUGACCAUUUGGACGAGCAUCUCUUGGCUCUACACGAACAAGAUAACCUGAUUACUGAUAUUACCGUAUAUCAUUGGGCAAAGCAACUGGCCUCAGAAAAAUUCACUGAAAUCGUUGCCAUACCAACAAGUCCAAUUAAAGUUGCUCCUGUUACAAAAUCACGUCUUUUUUCAAAGCCUGUUGUGUAUCAUGCCAGUAUUUGCUCACUAGCAGUCAACAAGACUGAUGCUGGAGAGUACUAAAAGUUUUUCAAAGACAAGCGGUUUGUUCCUGGCCACUCGUUUAAAGAAAUCUCCAUCUCUUGGUCAAAACAGGAUCGGUAUCUCAUAGCAACACAAGAUGACUCUACCUACUACAUUGCCUUUCAGAGUGAACCUAACCUCACAGAAUGGCCCAAGAGAUUUGCAUCCUUUGAACAUGGAAUCAGCAUUCAAGCUGAUAACUUUCCUAUUGACUUCAUCACAGAGCUUCUCAACAAUGACACAAAAAGAGUUGUUCUUACAGGUUUUUCCUUUGGUGGGAUGCUGGCUUGUUCAAUAGCCGUUCAAGUGUGGCAGCGAGGGUACAUACCAGCUCAGCUGCUUCAAGAAAACCUCGUGUGUAUCACAUUUGCCCAGCCACACCUCCCAGUGCCCCAACUAGCAGACCUGGCAAGAGACCGUCCUGAGAUUACAAACACAAUCCAUGCCAUCCACUUUGAAAAGGACAUAGUUCCUCGCCUUCUGAAGGUUCUUGAUCUACCAUGUAGCACUUUGAUUGAAGAGCGAGUAAUAAAAGAACCUGGCCUUCAGAUGAAAGUUAAAGAACUUCCCAAACCUGCUUUUCAAGACUUGUUGACGCAGAAGCUUCUUUCAGAUGUAGGGCAACUCUCCUUUGAAAAUGUCGAAGUACAAUCUUCUUUCUCUGAACUUAUGGAAUUUCUAAGAAAGCUAUUGGAACGGUUGUCUCAAAACGCUGGACUAAGCCAAUCAUUGACCUACUACCAGCUCUCCUACUCCACCGACCAGUCCUCCUGUCUUCAGUUCAGUGAGAUGACAAAAGAUCAAUCAGCCAUUCAAUCCUCACAUCUCAAAACUGAAGAAUUGCUUCGUCUUACACCAGACGUCUUUAGAAAGCAUUCAAUGGAGACCUAUUGUGAGAAGCUUUUCCGUGGUUACUUGGAUAAAUCUCCUGAGUACAGAGUUCUACCCACAGGAAAGGCUCCAGCUUCUCUCAACAUGAGACCGACUGUAAGUGGUGUCACUAUUCACGAACACGGCUCAGAAGUUGCUUUGGUGGUGGAAGGUACUAAUUUUUGGUUCUGCCAUCAUCUGUCUAUCAGCGGAGUGAGUAUUGCAACUCCAGCUUCUCAAAUUUCUGGCUCAUCAAUCAAACUCAAUUUUGACAAGGAAAUCAAACCGACCUUGAGUGCUCUUUCUGACAAUGAAGAAGUCAGUCUCAAAGUGUUCAAUCACUUUAUGAAGUCUCCAGUUACUGUAAAUGUGAAGAUCAUUAAAAAAGAAUACCCGGUCAGCACAAGACAGCGACAGCUAGCACGGCUCACUCCCUCUCAGCUGAUCGAGGUGACCUACCUCAGUGCUCUGCUUGAGAAGCAUCCCUACAUCUCUGGCCCUCAACCUCAGUCACACAAGGUGACCGUUAUCAAGGAUUUUCUCGACAAGGUAGUGAAUGUUGUGCCUUUGGAAAGUGUGGGAUAUGCAAUGGCACAUGGAAAUGACCAUGUUGCGCUGCAAUGUUUGAAUGUGGUGGAUGCCUUAUUUGAUGAUUUGCCUUCUUCCUAUUUAAUGAAUGAUGGUUUUAUUAAAGCAGCAAGAAGAGUUGGUAGCGGUAUGUCAGUUGAAAUUUAUAAUGAACUGAUUGAUCCGAUUGUUGAAGGAUAUGAUUCACAGAAUGAUAAAUAUUAUGUUGAAUAUGCCUAUAAUAAAGAAGAUAGGACACUUACAAUUACAGCUGAUUUUUCAGAGGAAAUAUUAACUCACACAUACUCACUCGAUGAGCUCGAAAAGAAAUAUAAGAUAGUACCCAACAUAGGUUUAUCACAGCUAACUUAUUUGAAAAAUUUAGGUUCUCUACAAAGUAAACUAUUUGUAAAAAUGCGAAGGUCAGGCAUAGUCAGCAGUGUCAUAUGUGGAUUAAAUAUUAGUUCACUGUACGGUGCAUCAAAAAAGAAACUGAAGUCACCCAUUGAAACGCUGCGACUAGGAAAGGAAAAACUUGCUUCCCCAUCCUCAGACAAAUUGGCAUCUUCUGUCUCUUCUUCUGUUACAGUAACUUCUGCCAUGAACUUAGAAUGUUUUGAUAACUCUCUUAUGCUGAAAACUGUGAAUGAUAUUCGUCAAGAAGAGCUAGCGAUAUGUACUUCACUGCUUGCUGGAUUUAUGGAACAACAUGAAAUUGACAUUCCAUUGAUGAAAUCAGAGAAAGAUCACUCGAAAGCAUUGGAACUUUCAGCUAGAGCAAGUGUGGGUGUGUGGGCGUUAUCAAGUCUUGAUUUUGAGCAUAUUCAGCCGAUUCUCAAGCAAUGUCGUGGUGAACAGCUGCUCGUCAAGAUCGAGGACUAUAUCAAAGGUAUUGUUGAAGCCAAAGCAAUGUCCCCUUCUCCAAACGACACCCAAUAUGCUGCCAAGCUUCAGUUCAUUGUUCAAGGAGCAGAGAAAACAGUAACCUGCAACAGCCAGUACAUCAGCUACUCCCUCGAACGACAACUUGCUGAUAUUUGUAGGGAAAGAAAAAUCACUGAAGAAAUUCCCUUGGAAAAAUUACUUUCACUGUGGGAACAAUUUUUCAAGAAGAACAUUCUCUCCCUCGUGGCCAAAUCUCAUCGCCCGCUGAUUGCUCGCUGGCUGAAGUGGGCUCUGAUGGUUCACAACCUUCGUGAGGAGCUGGCCAAGUACACAGCCGUGGGGGUGGUAGGACUCGUAAACUCAGGGAAGUCACGACUCAUCACCACACUCUUUGGAAUACAGAUUCCCUCUGGCACUACUGAGGAGAAUCGGACGACUGUUCCAUUCAUGUACAACCUUGAGGACAAGGUGGAUGGUCUGGAUGUGGUGGACUUCCCUGGGGUGGACGACAGAGACGAGAGCAUCUCUGGACUGGCUGAUCUCCUCCUCACUCUGGCACAGAUCAUCAUCUUUGUGGUGGACUACAGGAAAGUCCACACUGAGUCCAGUAAGAAGUGGUUGGAUAGACUGCAGGUUGAGAAAGUGCCUGUGUUGGUGUGUCUCACCUUUGCAGAUAAGCUCUAUGCUGAACACAUGAAAGAUGGCGAAUAUCUUACUGAUGAAAGCAAGUACCCUGACAAGAUAUCCACUAAGCACAAGCUUCAAGCAGAGCUGGCUAGAAUCAAAGAGAAACUGGAACUCCCAUCCUCUCACCAAAUUGAGUUCUGCUCGUUCAGUCAGGACAAAGAUUCUAUUCUGAAUUGCAAGGAGGGUCGCCAGAGACUGAGGGACGUAGGAAUCAGCACCCCCUCUGAGGUGGGCGAUUGGCUGGUGGACACUUUCAAGAAGAGGUUUGGACAAGACGAUCUGGCAGACAGGCUCAGAGAUUUUGUACAUUCUAGUUAGUA